AUGAGUAGCUUACGAUUUCUCGAUUUAAUUAAACCGUUCUUGCCCCUCCUUCCGGAGGUGGCUGCGCCAGAGCGAAAAGUAAAGUUUGAGCAGCGCCUGAUGUGGACAGGUUUGACACUGCUCAUUUUCUUGGUCAUGAGCCAGAUGCCUUUAUAUGGUAUUGUCUCGUCAGAUACAUCGGAUCCCUUAUACUGGCUCCGUAUGAUGUUGGCUAGCAAUAGAGGUACAUUGAUGGAACUCGGAAUUACACCCAUUAUCUCCUCCGGCAUGAUCUUCCAGCUCUUGGCUGGUACCCACAUGAUUGAUGUUAACCUCGACUUGAAGUCUGACCGUGAAUUAUACCAAACCGCCCAGAAAUUGUUCGCUAUCAUCCUGUCACUCGGACAAGCCACUGUCUACGUUUUGACUGGUCUCUAUGGUCAACCAAGUGAUCUUGGUGCCGGUAUUUGCAUCCUCUUGGUCGUCCAGCUUGUCGUCGCCGGUCUCAUCGUUAUCCUCCUCGACGAACUUCUUCAGAAAGGCUAUGGAUUGGGAUCCGGUAUCUCUCUCUUUAUCGCCACCAACAUCUGCGAGAGUAUCAUCUGGAAGGCUUUCAGCCCUACCACUAUCAACACUGGCCGUGGACCUGAGUUCGAGGGUGCUAUCAUUGCCUUCUUCCAUCUCCUCUUUACUUGGCCAAACAAGCAACGUGCUCUUCAGGAGGCUUUCUACCGCCAAAAUCUCCCCAACAUCAUGAACCUCCUCGCUACUCUCGUUGUUUUCGCCUCCGUCAUCUACCUCCAGGGAUUCCGUGUCGAAAUCCCAGUCAAGUCUUCCCGCAACCGUGGUGCUCGUGGAACUUACCCAGUUCGUCUCUUCUACACCAGCAAUAUGCCAAUUAUGCUUCAGUCCGCCCUCUGCUCCAACGUCUUCCUCCUCUCUCAGGUUCUUUACUCCCGUUUCUCGGAUAACCUCCUUGUCCGUCUUCUCGGUGUUUGGGAACCAAAGGAAGGCUCCGCCCAGCUCUUUGCCACUUCAGGAAUUACCUACUACAUGUCCCCACCCCUUAACAUCACCGAGGCUCUCCUGGACCCUAUCCACACCUUGAUCUACAUCAUCUUCAUGCUCACCGCCUGUGCCGUGUUCUCGAAGACCUGGAUUGAAGUCAGCGGCUCUAGCCCACGUGAUGUCGCCAAGCAGCUCAAGGAACAGGGCCUCGUUAUGUCUGGACAUCGUGAGCAGAGCAUGUACAAGGAAUUGAAGAGGGUUAUUCCUACUGCUGCCGCUUUCGGUGGCGCAUGCAUUGGUGCUUUGUCUGUUGCUUCUGACCUUUUGGGCGCUCUUGGAAGUGGUACUGGUAUCUUGUUGGCCGUUACCAUCAUCUACGGUUAUUUCGAAAUUGCUGCUAAGGAGGGAGACGUUGGCAAUCAGCUCGGCCAGAUGAUCGGUUAA